GUUUAUUUUUGUACCUCUUUCUGUAAACUCUAGAAACUGUUGUGCCUGAAAUUCCAAGAUCAGCAGUUUCUGAGAUACUCUGACCACCCUGUCUGGCACCAACAAUCAUUCCACGGUCAAAGUCACUUAGAAUGCAGCUCUUCCCUAUUCUGAUGUUUGGUCUGAACAACUGAACAUCUAGACCAUGCCUGCAUGCUUUUAUGCACCAUGUGAAAUGUGAUCUAAGUGACCCGUCAAUGAGAAAGGUCAGAGGAGAAUGGCCGGAUUGACAGGAAGGCGACAGUAACUCAAAUACCACACUACAACAGCGGUGUGUAAAACAAAAAUAAACAUCUCUGAACACACAACACGUCCGACCUUGAAGAGGAUGGGCUCAGCAGCAGAAGACCACGAACCUGCACUCAGUGGCUAUUUUAUUAGGUACAGAAGAUAACUAAUAAAUUGGUCACUGAGUGUCUGCUCUCCUGUUUUCUGUCUUCCUUGCUUGGAAAUAUUCCGGCAGUUCAGUAGCUCCCCGGGACAGUGUCAGUAUUUAAAACAACACCCCGGGAAUGAUUCGCUAAUACUUAGCAUGCGGGGAGUAAUCAAGGGUCCCGAAGAUUUAGCACCUCCCCCUCCCACUUCAUCACGUUAAAGUUAUUUUAAAGGGCCGGCACUGCCCCGUUUAACUUGUUACAGGCAGCGUUAUUCGCUGUACACACUUCGGUAGCUUCGCGUUGAGGUCGAGUUCUUCGGAACACAAAUCUCAGCAGCAGUGUGGAAGCAAUCUCACCGACAAGAGGUUGCUCCUCGACGGCUACCAGUGACUGAACAAUGUCAUCAGAUCUCUAUCACAUCCGCUUAGCAAAAUUGAACCUCACCUUUGUCUCUCCCGUGGCAGCUCGGUGAGACUGCCCAAGUCAGUUUAUUUUUUGAUCUUCUCAUCUUUGUGUGGUACCUUAUCCGAGGUAAUCUCUUGGGGGCAGAGCGAGCAUGGGAACCAGACUACUUUCCCUCGCCGUGGUCGGUAUACUCCUGGGUUACUAUGUGUACCUCCCCCUCCCGGAGACAUUGGAAGAGAGAUGGAAAUUGAUGGUAGUCGAUGCCUGCUUCCGAAGUUUGGAACAUCUGGCUGAGCUGACCGAGUUCAUUGGGCUGAAACACUACAUGGAAGUGAUGAUGCUGCUCACCGUCGCCGAGAUGGUCGGGCCGACAUCCGACAUGAACGUCACUGUGGUGGACACCACCUUCAAUGGGGUAGCUGUUCGUGUCUUUGAGCCGGCCACUCGGAGCACAGGACUGAGGCGGGCGGUCAUUUAUCUGCACGGUGGUGGUUGGUGUUUAGGAAGUGCGAAAAUGCUGCCCUAUGAUGUCCUGUCAAGAAGGAGUGCAACAGAACUGAAUGCAGUUAUUGUUUCAGUGGAAUACCGAUUAGCACCACAGCAUCAUUUUCCUGAUCAGUUCAAUGAUGUCUAUGCUGUGGUGAAGUACUUUCUUCAGCGGGAUGUCUUGGCCCAAUACUCUGUGGACCCAGGCAGAGUUGCUGUAGCUGGGGACAGUGCUGGAGGGAACUUGGCAGCUGCAGUGGCUCAACAGGAAUUCUGCAGAUGCUGGAAAUUCAAGCAACAUACAUCAAAGUUGCUGGUGAACGCAGCAGGCCAAGCAGCAUCUGUAGGAAGAGGUGCAGUCGACGUUUCAGGCCGAGACCCUUCGUCAGGACUAACUGAAGGAAGAAUCAAGGAAGAGCCUGGGGUUGAAGUUGAAAUCAAGAUUCAAGCCUUGGUGUACCCUGCACUUCAGACCAUCGAUUUCAAUACUCCUUCCUACCAGCAGAAUGAGAACAUGCCCAUCCUGCCCAAGAACCUAAUGGUCAGGUUCUGGAGUGAAUACUUCAGUCGGGACAAGUCACUGCUGGAGGCCAUGGUGGCCAAUGCCCACACUGGCCUUGAAGCCAGAGACUUGAGCAGCCUGGUGAACUGGAGCGUCCUUCUGCCAGAGAAAUUCAGGAAAGAGUACAAAUACACGCUACCCACUCGAGGGAAUGAGGGGACGUCCCACACAAAGGUCCCCGGGGUCUUCGACCCGAGGGCUGCUCCACUCUUGGCCAAGGACAAGGAGCUCAGGGCACUUCCCCGUGCCCUCAUCAUGACCUGUGAGUUUGACGUUCUGAGAGAUGACGGGACCAUGUAUGCCACGAGACUGCAGCGAGCCGGUGUCCAAGUAGCCCUCGAGCAUUUCGAGGACUGCUUCCAUGGUGCCUUGAUGUUCAUUACGUGGCCAACCAAUUUCGCCAUUGGCCACAAGCUGAUGGACCGCUACAUUGACUGGCUGCGGGAAAACUUAUAAACAGAGUUUUCAUUUAAUUCUCACUCCCCCCUCCCCCACUAUUUACCACCUUACUUCCAUACCUGUGGAUUAUCAGCAAGUGAUUUUUUUCUCCUAAUGAUCCACUUCCCUGAUUAUCAUUGUAUCUAAAUAUCGUUUUACUGAGGAGCUUUUAGUCAGGGAUUUUAAUCACUUGAAUUAAAAUAUUUAAAAGAAGCUUACUAGGUACGGAAGAGUGGGGAGGUUGAUAUCACGUGGCUCAGGAACGGAUGCAAACCAGGCCACAGAGUCAAAGAGUCAUACAGCUCAGAAAGAGGCCAUUCGGCCCAAUUGCUGCAUGCUGCCCGAGACUCCCAUCUAAGCCAGUCCCAUUUGCCCGUGUUUGGCCCAUAUCAUUCUCAACCUUUCCCAUUUAAAUGUCCCUUUUAAAUGUUGUUCAUGUACCUUCCUCAGCCUCUCCCUCUGGCAGCUCAUUCCAUAAACUGAUCACCCACUGAGUGAAAAACUUCCCCUUCAGGUUUUACCAUUAACUUUAUCUCUUCUUGUCCGAAGCCUAUAGCUCUUUGGUUCUUGGUUCCCCAACUGUGGGGAAAAGACUGUGAACAUUGACCCCGUCUAUGCCCCUCAUGAUUUUACACAUCUUGAUAAGAUCCCCCCUAUUUCUGUUGCACACUUACUCAUCCUCUUUUCAUAACUCAAGUUCCUCAAGUCCCAGCAACAUCCUCAUGACUCUUCUCUGCACUGUUUCAAGCUUUAUGCUAUCUUUCUUCUAACAGGGUGGUCAACACUGAACACAGUAUUCCAAAUGUGGCCUCACUAGUGUCUUGUACAACUACAGCAUAAUGUACCAUCUUCCCAAUUUGCCCUCUCCAAAGUCAUAAAUGGAAGAAGGGUGUUCAUGCCUGCCCUACCAUUCAAUAAGAACACAAGAAACUGGAAGCAGGUGUAGGCCACUCAGGCCUUCAAACCUGCUCCAUCAUUCAAUGUGAUCAUGGCAGAUUUCUGCUGACCUCAUCUCCUCUUCUGUGCUAGUCCCCUCCCCCACCCCCACCCCAUAACCCUCAACUCCUCGUUUUUAUCAGCUAAUUUCACUGCCUUGGUUGGAUACCGCUUGUUUGUCUAACAAACAUCUAUCUGGUUCAGACCUGAUAGUAUAAAAGGCAAAAUACUGCAGAUGCUAGAAAUCUGUGGAAAACUGAAAAUGCUGAGUAGGUCAGGCAGCAUUUGUGUGGAGAGAAGCAGGUGCCAUCAUGUCAGGUUGGUAACUUGAUAGAACGUCAUUGACCUGAAAUAUUAAUUGUGAUUUUAUCUUCACAGAUGCUGUCUGACUUGCUGAGUGUUUCCAGUAUUUUGUGUAUUAUUUCAGUUUUGAACUUUUCUUUAAUGCCCGGCUUUUUGGGGGAGAGUUAGUGUCCUGUCAUUGCCACUGGAUAACCUGGUUCCAGCUUCAGGCUUCCAUCUCCCUGUCCUUCCAGAGGAGAUCUGCCUGCUUAACUUACCAAUUGUCUCAAACAGCAGAUCAUUUCUUAACUUUCCACCCCAAGGGAAUGAAAAGACUUGUCCGAAUCAAUUCAGCUUUCUUACCUGACAAUCUCAUUCAGAAAGUAAUCAUUUCUGCUGCAUCCAUUCCAAAAGCUCACAAGCUAUGAUAUAACCUUCACAAUGCUGAGACUUUGAUAGCACAAUGUCUAUAUCAGAGCUGAAAAUUAAUGCAUGCUUAUGACAACAGUUGGGAUGUGAAAUUUGGAAUGUCCACGUUGACACUCACCAGUGUUUAUAGAUGCACAAGAGAAAGCCACCUAUCUUCAUGCAUCAAAGCUUGGUGGUCCCCAAAUCAGUUGAAUGCCUCGUUGCUCACGACCUUCUCCCACCAUAACACCAGAAAAUCCAGCCCCUCCCACUAUACAAUGCCCACCUAAGUUGUUCAGGUACUGAAAGCCUUUCCACUGUCACUGUACUUCUGAUGAAGGUUAACUGCAAUGGGGUAAUAGUCAAGUUCCAUGCUGUGUAUCAACUCCAUUUCUCUAUUGAUAUGUUCUGUGUGUAUAUCAUCUGCCCUAUUUGUAUCAUGCUGAAUAAACUAUUGCGUGAAAAGGCCCUUUCUUGGUUCAAAUGUCUCCAAUCUUGUUGUUUU